AACGUGCUGCUGGGUGCUGAUGUUGCCUUCUUGUCGCUGCUCUCUUUUCGCUGCUGCCCUGCAUCUCUACUGCGAGAAACUACAGAGCAUCCAGCAAAGACAUUACGUUGUUUUCCCUGGCAUUUAUUCGUCUGUAACCACCGCUGUUACCAAGACGAAAUGGUCUGUGUUUAAUUAAAGCACGGCUGCUGAUUUGAGUCCUAUAUUGUAUACGUAAAUCACUUUAACCGUUUGCCUCCAUCUCUUAAGUUCAGUUAUUUAUUUAUUUAUUUGUUUAUUUAUUUUUUGGUUUAGCCUACAGGAAUGGUAGUUGUACACUGAGGCAUGAUGUGCUAUUAAAAAAUAGCCAGAUUUAAGAUUUCAAGAAUAUAUAGGUAACGGGUAAUCUUUGUAUUAACAAUCUCCUUGAUUUAUUUUCUUCAUCGCACUGGAUUACAUUACAAGGGAAAUGGUUAAAGGAAUCAAUGCAAUUUCAACAUCUUUUGAUUUUAGAUAGCAAUUGCAAACCGGAAUCUGGGAGAAUUUUUCUUGCAAUUCAAGGCAGCUAUUUUCAUGCAAAAAAGCACCCAAAAGUGACGCUGUUGCUGCAAAGACAAAACGCCCCUUUUCUGCCAACUAUUCACAGGCAAUCGGAAUUUAAAACUAUUUCCUCGAACUCGUUUUGGCUUCGACUCUUACAAAAAAAAAUUAUCUUGAAAAAAGGAAAGGGCGAUGGAAGUUUUUCCAGUUUUCUUCAUUCUGACAAUCUUCUCGACUCUAACCUGGAACUCCGUGGCUGGUGAUUCUAUUAUACAUAUUGGGGCGAUUUUUGAUGAAUCUGCCAGAAAGGAUGAUGAAGUGUUUCGCUUGGCGGUGGCCGACCUCAACCUGAAUGAGGAAAUCUUAUCGACGGAGAAAAUAACUUUUUCUGUGACAUUUGUGGAUGGCAACAACCCUUUCCAGGCUGUACAGGAAGCUUGUGAUCUCAUGAAUCAAGGUAUCUUAGCACUGGUCAGCUCCAUCGGCUGCAUGUCAGCAGGAUCUAUACAGUCCUUGGCAGAUGCCAUGCACAUCCCCCACCUCUUCAUCCAGCGUGCCCCAGCCGGGACGCCCCGCUCCAGCUGCAGCAUCAUCCACCGUCUAACGAACGAAGACUACACCCUUUUCGUGCGUCCGCCAGUGUACCUUAAUGAGGUCAUUCUCAGAGUCGUUGCAGAAUAUGCCUGGCAAAAAUUCAUCAUCUUUUAUGACACGGAAUACGACAUCCGAGGUAUCCAGGAUUUCUUGGACAAGGUCUCCCAACAAGGAAUGGAUGUAGCUCUCCAGAAAGUAGAAAACAACAUCAAUAAGAUGAUAACAGCAAUGUUUACCACCAUGCGAAUCGAAGAACUUAAUCGUUACAGGGACACACUGCGCCGGGCCAUCCUCUUCAUGAGCCCAUCCACUGCAAAGGCCUUUAUCUCUGAGGUCGUUGAAACCAACCUUGUGGCCUUUGACUGCCAUUGGAUCAUCAUAAAUGAGGAAGUAACUGACUUGGAUGUGCAAGAGCUGGUGAGAAGGUCCAUAGGGAGGCUAACAAUUAUCAGACAGACAUUUCCUAUGCCACAGAACACGAGUCAGCGGUGUAAUCGAGGCAACCACAGAAUAUCAACUUUAUUAUGUGACCAAAAGGAUCCUUAUGCACAAAAUAUGGAGAUUACAAACCGAUACAUCUAUGACACAGUGCUGCUGUUGGCUAAUGCCUUCCAUAAAAAGCUGGAGGAUCGGAAAUGGCACAGCAUGGCAAGCCUGAGUUGUAUCCGGAAGAAUUCCAAACCAUGGCAAGGAGGACGUUCAAUGUUAGACACUGUCAAGAAGGGUGGAGUCAGUGGUUUAACAAGCUUUCUAGAAUUAAAUGACAAUGGAGUGAAUCCGAACAUCCAUUUUGAAAUUCUGGGGACAAACUAUGGAGAGGAUCUUGGCAGGGGCAUUCGCAAGCUUGGUAAUUGGAAUCCAGUCACUGGUCUGAAUGGGACUCUCACAGACAGGAAACUGGAGAACAACAUGCGGGGAGUGGUGCUGCGUGUGGUGACAGUGCUGGAGGAGCCUUUUGUGAUGGUGUCUGAAAAUGUCCUUGGGAAACCAAAAACAUACAGAGGCUUCUCUAUUGAUGUCCUGGAUGCUUUAUCAAGUUACCUGGGGUUUAAAUAUGAAAUCUAUGUGGCCUCGGAUCACAAAUAUGGAAGUCCGCAGGCAGAUGGGGCCUGGAAUGGCCUGAUAGGAGAGUUGGUUUUCAAGAGAGCUGAUGUGGGGAUUUCAGCCUUAACCAUUACCCCAGACCGGGAAAAUGUGGUUGACUUUACAACCCGCUACAUGGAUUAUUCAGUGGGGGUGCUAUUGAAGAAAGCUGAAAAGACAGUAGACAUGUUUGCCUGCUUGGCUCCCUUUGAUCUCUCUCUGUGGGCAUGUAUAGCUGGCACGGUCCUGCUGGUAGGAAUAUUGGUCUACCUUCUGAACUGGUUCAACCCUCCUCGACUGCAGAUGGGCUCAAUGACGUCCACCACUCUCUAUAACUCCAUGUGGUUCGUCUAUGGCUCUUUUGUUCAACAAGGGGGUGAGGUUCCCUACACCACACUGGCAGCUCGAAUGAUGAUGGGGGUCUGGUGGCUGUUUGCCUUGAUUGUUAUCUCUUCAUACACUGCAAACCUGGCAGCUUUUCUCACAAUCACCCGCAUUGGACAAUCGAUACAGUCUCUACAGGACCUCUCUAAGCAGACAGACAUUCCGUACGGCACAGUGCUGGACUCUGCAGUGUACGACCACGUGAGGACGAAAGGCAUGAAUCCUUUUGAGAGAGACAGCAUGUACGCCCAGUUGUGGAAGAUGAUCAACCGAACCAGCAGCGCUGAGAACAACGUUGAGGAAUCCCAGGAGGGCAUUCGGAGGGUGAAAUAUGGAAACUUCGCCUUUAUAUGGGAUGCAGCAGUUUUGGAAUAUGUGGCCAUCAAUGAUGCAGACUGCUCUUUUUACACAGUGUGGAAUGCAGUGGCUGACAGAGGAUAUGGAAUUGCCCUCCAACACGGCAGUCCUUAUAGAGACAUAUUUUCUCAAAGGAUUUUGGAACUCCAGCAGAAUGGGGACAUGGAUGUUCUGAAGCACAAAUGGUGGCCAAAAGACAGUCAGUGUGACCUUUACUCUUUGGUCAACACAAAGCAGAAGGGAAGUGCUUUGGAUAUCAAGAGCUUUGCUGGAGUCUUCUGUAUUCUGGCUGCUGGCAUUGUCCUGUCCUGUUUCAUAGCAAUGUUAGAGACAUGGUGGAACAAGAGAAAAGGCUCAAGAGUACCAUCUAAAGAGGAUGAUAAGGAGAUAGACCUGGAGCACCUCCAUCGGCGGGUGAAUAGCCUCUGCACAGAGGAUGACAGCCCCCACAAGCAGUUCUCCACCUCCUCCAUUGACCUUCCUCUGGACAUUGACUCGCUACCCACACGGCAAGCUCUGGAGCAGAUCAGUGACUUCCGGAACACACAUAUCACCACCACCACCUUCAUCCCUGAGCAGAUCCAGACUCUGAGCCGCAGCCUGUCGGCCAAAGCUGCCUCCGGAUUCACCUUUGGGGGCAUGCAAGAUCACAGAACUGGCCCUUUUAGGCAAAGGGCUCCCAAUGGGGGCUUUUUCAGGAGCCCCAUCAAGACAAUGUCAACUAUCCCUUACCAGCAAACACCCUCUCCUGGCUUCAGUUUUGGCAACGACCCCGAUCGAGGCACCUCAAUAUGAGUAUGACAAAGGGGGAAAGAGUUCUAGCUUUUGAGGGGUUUUCUUUGUCUCAUUUUCAUUUUCAUUUCGGGACUCCAUUUCUAUAGGAGCAACACUCAUGUAAUGGACUAACAUGGAUAUAACUUUUUAAAUUCAUAUUAAGUAUCAGCUCUCUUUCUCCCACAUGUAACCGCAAUAACUCAAGUCUGAUUUGAUUUUGGUAUUCUUUCUUUCAAAUAUUCUGUCACAUUUCAUUCAGUGAUAUGCUGCUGUUGUGUGUUAAUUUAUGGACCAAAGGCAAACCCUGCAGCGUGAGAGAGUGUCACCCCUGUUUUGAUGAAAGGCAAUUUACUUUUAUUUUUUAACCUAGGAUUGUCUCAAGCCAUCAGAAUGACAGUAUAAAAAAACAAAACAAACAAACAAAAAAAAUCAGUUAACAAAUGACUGCACUGUGUAACAGUGCAUUCUGAUGUAAUGUGAUUAUAUGUUAUUAAAUGCAGAUAUUUUUUCUUAUGUACAGUACUGGUUAUUUUAAAGUUAAUGUCUCAAUUAUGGUAACCCAGUUACCAUUUUGGGGG